AUGGGGUUGUUUAAUGUCACUCAUCCUGCUUCUUUCCUCUUGACUGGUAUCCCUGGUCUGGAGCGUUCUCACCCCUGGUUGGCAGGACCUCUCUGCCUGAUGUAUGUUGUGGCCCUUGGAGGAAACACAGUAAUCUUGCAGGCUGUGCGCCUUGAGCCCAGUCUCCAUGCACCUAUGUACUAUUUUCUGUCUAUGUUGUCCUUUAGUGAUGUGUUCAUGUCUAUGGCUACACUGCCAACUGUACUCAGAACCUUCUGCCUCAAUGCCCGCAACAUUUCAUUUGAUGCCUGCCUAAUCCAGAUGUUUCUCAUUCACUCCUUCUCCAUGAUGGAGUCGGGAAUUCUACUGGCCAUGAGUUUUGACCGCUAUGUGGCCAUUUGCAAUCCAUUGCGCUAUGCUACUGUGCUCACCAACGACGUAAUUGCUGGGAUGGGUUUAGCUGUGACAGCUAGGAGCUUCAUUACCCUCUUUCCCCUUCCAUUUCUGAUCAAGAGAUUGCCUAUCUGCAGAUCCAAUGUCCUUUCCCACUCCUACUGUCUGCACCCAGAUAUGAUGAAGCUCGCCUGUGCUGAUAUUACCAUCAACAGCAUCUACGGACUCUUUGUACUUGUGUCCACCUUUGGCAUGGAUCUCCUUUUCAUCUUCCUCUCCUAUGUGCUCAUUCUUCAUUCUGUGAUGACCAUCGCUUCCCGUGAGGAACGCCUCAAAGCUCUCAAUACAUGUGUGUCACAUAUCCUGGCAGUACUGGCAUUCUAUGUGCCAAUGAUUGGGGUCUCCGCAGUGCACCGUUUUGGGAAGAAUGCUCCACGCUACUUGCAUGUCCUCAUGUCCAACGUGUACCUCUUCGUUCCCCCUGUACUCAAUCCUCUCAUUUAUAGCGCCAAGACAAAGGAGAUCCGCCGGGCAGUGGUCCGCAUGUUUCAACGCAUCAAAAAGUGA